AUGCCUGUCCAGGCACGGGAACAUGUCUCGUCUAGCACUACUCGAUACCCUGUCGACAUCCAGUGUAGUAUGUCACAGAGUGGCACACAUAGCAGACCAGCUGCAGCAUCCAAAUCACUCCCCCCUUCUCUCAUACUUCCACCCUCUCUUCAAUUCAACACUAUCCCGCGAAAAGCCGAAUCGCAGACAAAUCAUGACGGCCCUUGGCCUACCACUACGAAGCUGAGCCGAGUAUUUUCUCUGCCUCGACUGGGUACGAAUGCCAAUAAGUCGAGGGAAAUCAUUCCAGUGGUGUCCAACCAACAUGAUCACAUUGCCGUUGGCACUCACAGGAAACGAUUGAGUCGACAUCCUUCGCGACGUUUGUCAUCGAUGACAACUCCUACUCAGACAUCCUCCUCGCGGCACUCCACCCCCUUCACUAGCACACUGGUCAUGCACCAACCACCUUCGCUGUCCACGACAGACAUAGCACCAAAAAACCCCACGGAUAAAUCAUCGAUUUCACCUGUAAUGUCUGUUGGCGAUGAAACAGACGAGGACAGCAAUGAUCCAGCUGCGCAUCAUAAGAAAGUGAUGCAAAUGCAAAUGGCUAGGUUGGCUAAACUGACUCGUCACCUGGGCGAGGAAAUCCCGCCGGAGUUGGUUUUAUCUCCUGCUCUUCCAAUAGAAACUGCCGAGUCCAGGACUCUGACAGGAAGCCUUUCAGUAAAUUUAAGUAGGGGCCACCAGAGACGGCAGAGUUUGGACCCCACAGCAGACCUCCAGUCAUCACCAGCGCUCUCACGCUCGAGCACACUGAGGAAGAGCAGGUCGCUACGUGGCAAAGAAGGCGUUUUACGACUGCAAACUCAUGGUGACCAUGCCGCCAAGAGCGUAGAUAGGAAGUUCCCGUAUGAGCUGCACUCUCCACAGACAGAGGUAGAUUCCCUCAGACCUUCCGAACCUAGCGUCUCGGCCUCUCUAUGCGGACCCAAUGUUGGUAAUCGUUCGCUGAUGUCAACUGCAGAGACUCCCCGUGGGGUUCGGAGUCAUUCACACCCCCCACCUUCUACUAUGUCACUCGCCUCAACAUCUGAACGAUCGCAACUUCAAGAGGAUUCGGUCGCGACCGACUUGGCCCUUGACGACAUCUCGAAUAAGGAGAGCGGAAAAGCAAAACAAGACAGGUUUUGCGCCGUUGACAUCAAUCCCGGAACAAGAUCUCCAGCACACCGAUCACUACAUUCGGCCGGAGAUCUAGCGGUUAUCCGCUCCUCUCUGACUCAGAGUCCCUCAUACUCUGAGCUCGAAGUCGACGUACAGAUCAGCAGAAGAACUCCUUUCUGGCGGAUGAAGGUCGGGAAGGAUGUAGCGCAGAGCGUCAAUCCCGACGAUAUCACGAAGCAGCUAAGGGAGAUGAAAGCUUCUACAUGA